GCGGACAGAGCAGUCCCUUCGGGCCGCGGCCACGCCCACAUCCCCGGAGGAGGAAGUUGGUCACAGCGGCGGAAGCGGAAGCGGCGUGAGCGGAUGUGGCUGGGUGGUGGUUGUGUCUUCUGUUGUUCCGCGCCGGUAGCGGCGGGAGGCCAUGGCCAUCCAGCCCGCCUGCCUCGGGCUGUACUGUGGCAGGACCGUCCUGUUAGUCAACGGCUCCGUGGAGACCUAUGGGGACUGUGGGGUGUGCCCUAGAGGUCAAAGAACCGAUGAGAACAAAAUCUGCCGGGAAUGUAUGGGAUCUCCAGACCGCUAUGAUUGGCUGUACCUUGGCUUCAUGGCCAUGCUUCCCCUGAUUUUACACUGGUUCUUUAUUGAGUGGUAUUCGGGAAAAAAAAGUUCCAGUGCGUUUUUGCAGCAUAUCACUGCCUUGUUUGAGUGCAGCAUUGCAGCCAUUGUUACGCUGCUCAUCAGCAACCCUGUUGGCUCUCUGCACAUCUUCUCCUGCAAGGUGAAGAAGCUGUCAGACUGGUACACGAUGCUUUACAACCCAAGUCCCGACUACAUUACCACAGUGCACUGCACUCAAGAAGCAGUCUAUCCCUUGUACACCAUUGUGUUUAUAUAUUACGCCUUCUGCCUUGUAUUAAUGAUGCUAUUUCGCCCACUUCUGGUGAAGAAAAUUGCCUGUGGUUUAGGAAAGUCUGAUCGAUUUAAAAGCAUUUAUGCAGCCCUGUACUUCUUCCCUAUCCUGACCGUGCUUCAGGCUGUUGGAGGAGGCCUGCUCUAUUAUGCCUUUCCGUACAUCAUACUGGUGUUGUCUUUGGUUACACUGGCUGUAUACUUUUCUGCUUCUGAAGUGGAGUCUUUCAGGGACCUUCUUGUCAGGAAGAAAAGGCUUGUUGUCCUUUUCAGCCACUGGUUGCUUCACGCCUAUGGAAUCAUCUCUAUUUCCAAAUUGUAUAAGCUUGAGCAGGACCUGCCGUUGCUCGCCUUGGUACCUGCUCCUACCCUCUUCUACUUAGUGACAGCCAAGUACACCGAACCAUCACGUAUACUCUCAGAAGGUGGAAAUGGACAUUAAAGGGAGCCUGUGCCAACAACGCUGUCCUAAUGAUCUGGAUUAAGCAAUGUUAGUGCUUGUUAAGCUUUCGAAACUUCUGUUUCUAAAGAAGUUAUUUAUGUACAAGCCUUCUAGAGGAAACACCUCUGAGUGACACUGUAUAAAAUUAAAAAGCUGCACUUUGUAACUAUCUGGAAUAGUUCAAAGGGAAUGUCUUUGUAUCCAUCACUGUGAAUAUGCAUAUAAAGCUUGUGACACAUUCUAGUACAACUGUUUGCGUGUCUAUGUUCAUUUUCUACUGCAGCAUUCUAGGUGUUGUUUGAAUAAAACAAUAGUCUGUUUGUUAAUGGACUUUUAAUAAACCAAGCUUGAAUAUAC